GUGUGUAGACUUUCGAGAUCGAAACUCAAAGAAAUUGCUGAUUUUGCAGCAUUGCGUUUUGUUUUGUUUUUUUUGAUCACGGCAUUGCACCUCAGUCAUGUAUUUUCUUGCAUACAUCAGAAGUGAGGAUGCCCUGGACCAGACCCCAGGUGGAGCUCCAGUCAGCCGAGACGUCCGACCCUCCGGGCGGCGUCGGCGACGUGGGCGACCACCACUACGAGGGCUCCCUGUUCCCCACCUCCACGCUGAUCCCCGUGACGGUGAUCUGCGUGGCCAUUUUGGUGGUGGGCGUGGCCGGCAACACCAUGACCAUCCUCAUCAUCCAGCACUUCAAGGACAUGAAGACCACCACCAACCUGUACCUGUCCAGCAUGGCCGUGUCGGACUUGCUCAUCUUUCUGUGCCUGCCCUUUGACCUCUACCGCCUGUGGAAGUACGUCCCGUGGCUGUUCGGCGAGGCCGUGUGCUUGCUCUACCACUACGUUUUCGAGGGCUGCACGUCGGCCACCAUUUUACACAUCGCUGCCCUGAGCGUGGAGCGCUACCUGGCCAUCAGCUUCCCGCUUCGCACCAAGGUCCUGGUGACCAAACGCCGCGUCCACUACAUCAUUGCCGCCCUGUGGGGUUUCGCCCUGGCCUCUUCCACGCCCACGCUCUUCCUGGUGGGCGUGGAGUACGACAACGGGACGGGGGCGCGCGGCGGCCAGUGCAAGCACACGGACGACGCCAUCCAUUCGGGCAGGCUCCACAUCAUGCUGUGGGUGUCCACCGGCUACUUCCUGUGCCCCAUGCUCUGCCUCGUCUUUCUCUACGGCUCCAUCGGCCUCAAGCUGUGGAGGAGCCGGGCCGACCUGAGGGGACCCGGCGCGCUCGCCAGGGAACGCUCGCACAGGCAGACCGUCAAGAUUCUUGUGGUGGUGGUGUUGGCCUUCAUCAUCUGCUGGCUUCCCUACCACAUCGGCCGCAACCUGUUCGCCCAGGUGGACGACUAUGACACGGCCAUGCUGAGCCAGAACUUCAACAUGGCCUCCAUGGUGCUUUGCUACCUGAGCGCCUCCAUCAACCCGGUGGUCUACAACCUGAUGUCGCGCAAGUACCGCUCCGCCGCCAAGCGCCUCUUCCUCCUACACCGGCAGCCCGGGCCUUCCCCGGAUCGCCACCGCGGUCACCAGACCCAGCUUAGCACCGCCGACCCCGUCGAGAGCCUGACCGGAUCCACCGCACAACGUCUCCGCCUUGCCGCCAUUGAGCGUUGAAUGAGACGUCGGCGGAAGGUCCGCUCCCGGGAGGUUCGCUGCUUAAAGUAGACAAAAGAAAAAAACAGAGCUGAAUGCUGCUGUUUCGGAUGUGGCAAGAUUAAAGAUGGUGCCGCCUACAUUGGCGAUUUACUUUCGCUUAUAAAUUUUAAAAAAUGAAUAAACAACAGUGAUUUUACCAAAGGAAAAAAAGAAACCACUCAAUUUUAAAUCUAAAAUGCAAUGUUUAAUAUUUUAAUAUUGUCUUGAUAGGAGUUGAAUUCGUUCCAUGACCACUCGUAUCUUAAGUCUCAACUCAACUCAAGUCAUUUCUCUUUUUCCCAUUGAAAUGAAAGGAAAUGCCAUCAAGCCCCACCAAUAAAGCAAAAUUAUUCUAACAUCCAUUUUAAAGAGCCUUAGCCACCUGGAGGCACUAUAAGACAGAGAAAUGAAUAUACUGCUCAUUAGCUCAUCAGUACAGCAUUAAUAUUAGUCAUUCUUUGCAGAGGAUAAAGAACAUGACUGAGUACUGUUAUUGUCCUUCUACGUGUGUUGCUGCAAUGUUUGUGUUCAAUGUGUUGCUUUCAAGGUUUAUUGUGCCGCAACAUACAUGCUAAUUAGCAUCAAGUUAGCAGACUGAAAGGCUCAGCUUUGUGGUUGUUUUAAGUACAUAAAGUGGUUUGGUUUUAGGAUUAGUUUGACAGUAAACGUCAGGUGGAAAUGGCAAUAAACAGCUUGAGACCUGUUUUUAGAAAUAUGUGUUGACUGUUUGCCAAACUGCUGCGCGUUGUAAAGUGACAUGAGGUGAGCAAUCUGCUUGUAUUUCAAGUCAAGUCUGCUCUCAACAACUUGUUCAAAUAGCAUUUUGACUGACUAUAAAAAGCAGAAAAAAAUGUUAGCUAGCCAGAUGCAAACAAAAAUAAAUCAUAAAAUUGUACAUUACUGAGUAGUAGUAAAAAUGGUCAAUCACAAUGAGCGGAUUAAUGUAGUCAUCAUAUCGGUUAGCAUGUUAGCAUGUGACAAGCCUAAGACAAAAGGACGAUCGUAUUUUCAUCUGCAAGCGCUUUCAUUGUGACUCAAACACCAGAAAAAAAAAAUAGGAAUAUAUUUUUAUCGUGUUGUUAGCUAACUGUCCGCAUGUUAGCAUGUGAUAAAAGUCAGUCAAUCGGACUGUACCAUUUUUAAGUCUGGCUGUGACCUAAACGCAAAACUACAAAAAUACAUUCCUAAAAGUAGAUUUAAAAUUUUGUGGCGUGACAUGUUUGUUCAUUAGCAGUUUGUAUGUCAGUUUGUAACAAAUGUAAAUCAACGGAAUCUUUUAUUCUGUAUCGGGGAGUUCACUUCUAUUGUGACUGGAAUACAAAAUUACAUUAUUUUAAGAAUUUGAGAAUAAAUGUGAUGCAAUGUGUGUAAGACAAAAGGACUUUUGACGCGGGCAAGUGGUUUCAUUGUGACUCCGACACCAGGGGAAAAAAAGGAAUAUAAUUUUAUCGUGUUGUUAACUAGCUGUUCAGAUGUUAGCAUGUGAUAAGACAAGAGUGUAGUAUAAACAAUGGUAGAAUUUUUAAUUGUGGUCCGACAAAAAGGUUUUGCUGUGACUCAAACACCCAAAACAAUGGAUGAAAAAUGAUCCAAAUGUUAGCAUGGUGCAAAUGGAUUGUACCAUCUUUGAUUCUCUGGCAGGGGUAAAAGUUUGAUCUUGAUAUGAACACCCAAAACUUGAAAAAAUGUUGACUUGAAUGGUCUGCAUUUGUUUUUGAUUUGGCAGUCCAUAUGUUAGCAUUUGACAAAGGUAAAAGUCAACUGGACCAUAUUUUCAUUCUGCGAGUGUCUGGUGUUCCCUUGAAUGUCAUUAGAUUGUGAACCUAAUAUUUUGGCACUGGAGUCUGACGCUGUCUCUACAUGUUGACGUGGUACAUGAUUUUACUUUCAUUGUUCUUAUUGUUCGAAUGACAAGUAGAAGUUGUCCUCAUUUGGGUCGAUUACAAUAUUCAUGUCUGCUGCAUUUGCAAGAUGAGGUUUUAAUGAUGGAUGACAUUGUGUUCACGCUGUGAUAGGUUUGCUUUGAAAUAAAUCGGAUAUAAAGAUAA